AUGAGCUCGACUACGCUCACCACGAACUCGGCAUCAACCGUCAGCAAACUCACCGACUUCGUCAAAGCCAACAGACGAGCACUACUCAUCUCACUCUCCAUCGCCAUCGCCGCAACUGCCGGAACAAUCUACCUCUGCUCCUCAUCGAACCUCAACUACUCAUCCAGCUCUGCUUCCUCAAAGAACUCCAAAAAGAAGAAAGACUCCAAAAAAUCAAAAAAGAACAGGAAAAAGAAUACCUCUACUCCCGCUUCUCAGAAGAACGACCAGCUACCCCCGUCGAGUCAGCUCUCAAGUUCCCAGAAGAGCGAGGAGGAUGAUAAUGAAGAUGAUCCGAUCAAUUUCACCAAGGAAGUGAUCGAAACCCUGCCAGAAGAAACACGAUGUCGAUACGCAUUCAUCCUCAAAACAAAUGGAAAUAAGGCAUACCAAGCAAAAAAUUACCAAAGGGCGAUCGAGUACUACUCCAAGGCGAUCGAAUGCGAACAAAAGGCAGUCUACUACAGCAACCGAGCUGCCUGUUACACUUACCUUAACGAUCCAGAAGCCGUCAUCAGGGAUUGCACAGAAGCCCUCCAGUUAGACAAGCACUACAUCAAGGCAUUGAACCGAAGAGCAUCAGCCCGCGAGCUACUGGGAGGGGAGGAAAACUUGUUCUUAGCCUUGUGUGAUUUCACUGCCUGUGUGAUCCUAGACGAAUUCAAAACAGAUAGCAAGGGUGCAACGGCCGAUCGGGUGAUGAAGCGCUACGCAGGGGAAAAAGCAAAAUCGAUCAUACAGGAACGUGGCCCCAGGUUGCCUUCCAACAUGAUUAUUCGGGCGUAUUUGGAUGCAUUCCGACAGAAGCCUAAACCUUCACUACCACCCGAACCUAACCAAGCAGACAACACCUUAAUGAUGGCAUAUGAUGCGCUUGCGAAUUUUGAUUACAACCACGCAUGCUCGUUGUUCCACGAGGCAGUUGACCAAGUCCCAAGUACACCGGAGCUACGGGCCCAUGGGUUUUUGAUGAAGGCGACGUUCCUGUUCCUGAUGAGCCAGUCGCAGGCCGCGCUGGAAGAGUUCAACCAUGCGCUAGUCGAGAAACCGGAUCUGAUCCAAGCCUGGAUCCGGAAGGCGAGUGUCAAUAUGGAGCUGGGCUCCCUGGAAACUGCCAUGAACGACUUUUCGGAGGCCUUGAAGAUCGAUCCCAACGACCCGGACGUCUAUUACCAUCGGGGCCAGGUCUACAACGUGACCGAGCAACACCAUCUGUCGAUCGAAGACUACCGUCGAUCGAUCGAGCUCGACCCUUCCUUCAUCUUCUCCCAUGUCCAGCUCGCCGUCGCUACUUACAAGAACGGCGAAGUCCCUAAAGCUAUGGACAUGUUCAAGGAAUAUUUGACCGUGGAUGGCCACGAAACUUCUAGCCCCGAAGUCCAUAACUACUACGGAGAGUUGUUGUUUGCCGAGCAGAAUUUCGAUGAAGCUUUGAAACGCUUCGAUUCGGCUAUUCAACUCGAAGGGAACAGGACGGGGCCGAAGAACGUCCUUCCUUGGGUAAACAAAGCGUUGGUGUAUGCGACGGCGAAGUCGGACAUGCAAACGGCGAUGGAGUGCUGCAUGAAAGCCUUAGAGAUCGACGAGAACUGCGAGGUGGCGAUCCAACAUGUAGCCCAAUUCAAGCUGCAAUCGAACGAGAUCAAGGAGGCGCUCAAAUGGUACGAGAAGGGCAUCCAGGUCGCUAUGACCGAGCUCGGCCUCUCCCAAUUCAUCCAGUUCCAUGUCGCUGCUCAGGCUCAAUUGUCCUUCAUGGAAAACUAUCCUGAGUUCGCUGCUCGAUUAGGACUAAAAUAA